AUGAAGAACCCGAGCAUCGACCAAGUGAAAUGUGAAGUGGUCAACCCGGUCGAGACUACACCAAGUUGGAUGGACCCAAUCUAUGACUACCUAGUAUCUAGUGAGGUGUCCCACGACAAGCUAGAGGCUCAACAUCUGAAGAUCAGAGCAGCCCAAUAUAUUAUCCUAGAUGGGGUCUUAUACAAGAAGGGGUACUCACAGCCCUACCUCAAAUGCCUUCGACCCGAAGAAGCAGAUUACGUGAUACGAGAAAUCCACGAGGGCAUUUGCGGUAAUCACUCCGGUGACCGAGCCUUAGCUCUGAAGAUACUCCGCCAGGGGUACUUCUGGCAGAUCAUCCGAGAUGACUCGAAAGAUUAUGUCCGAAAGUACAACAAAUGUCAUAGGUUUGCAGCAAUACCUAGGCGGGCUGGUGAUGUUGGCCCGGUGACCAGGCCCGGCCGGGGGCUCGGCAUCUCGAAAGCUAAUUCCUCGCCUCGGCAUCAGCAAUCCAAUGGGCAGGUGGAAGCCGUAAACAAGGUCAUCAAGCACCACCUGAAAACGAAGUUAGAAAAAGUGAAGGGCAACUGGGCUGAGGAACUUCUAUUUGUCCUGUGGGCAUAUCGGACCACGUCCCAAUCGUCUACUAGGGAGACCCCCUUUUUGCUGUCAUACGGCUCGGAGGCGGUUGUCCCAUUUGAGAUCGGCCUCCCAAUAGUUCGGAUCAGAAACUACCAGGAAAGUCAGAAUGCAGAGCAUAUCACCGCAAGCCACGACUUGCUCGAAGAAGCUAGAGAUACCGCCUGA